GUGCCGAAGAGCGUCGCAACACUAAUAAGAAGCAGAGCUUCAACUAAGUCAGAGCACCAGCCAUGGGUCGUAUGCACAGUCGCGGUAAGGGUAUAUCCUCUUCUGCUUUCCCCUACAAAAGGACCCAGUUGGCUUAAGAUCUCUUCGCAAGAUAGAGAUUGGUGGAAAGAAGUUUGAUUUUAGAAUUGGAGGAGAGAAAAUGGGUAAAGAGUUAAGCGAUGAACAAGUUGCAGCGAUGAAGGAAGCUUUCACGUUGUUCGAUACAAAUCGUAAUGGUUUGAUCGCUCCAUCGGAGCUUGGUGUGUUGAUGCGAUCUUUGGGCGGAAACCCAACCCAAGCCCAACUAAAGGCGAUUGUGGCUGAAGAAAAGCUGAGCAGUCCCUUUGAUUUCUCACGAUUUUUGGAUCUGAUGGCAAAACAUUUGAAGGUUGAACCUUUUGAUCGUCAGCUUCGUGACGCCUUCAAGGUCAUCGACAAGGAUAACACUGGCUUCGUCUCUGUCGCCGACCUUCGUCAUAUUCUCACCAGCAUUGGCGAGAAACUCGAACCUUCUGAGUUUGACCAAUGGAUCAAUGAUGCUAACGUCGUCUCUGAUGGUAAGAUCCGCUACGAAGAUUUCAUCACCAAAAUGGUCGCUAAGUGAGAUCAAAUUCCCAAUUUUAUUUCUCUUUUUCACUUGUUUUCAAUUUGCUAUUGCUAUGGUUAGUGAUUAAUAAGGUUUUUAUAGUUGUUUGUUUGUUAUAAUUCAAAACAUGAAAGGA